AUGGCUUUUAAGAUAGAUGUUAAUAGUUUUAAUGUAUCCAAUAACUACAAUCGGUUUGGGAUACUUGGCUAUACGGUUGAUAGUAACGUUAUCGAUGCUUUGGAAAAAAAGUUAGCUGUCGAGGCAGGUAGUCCUGCAAAUGCUGAUGAUAUAGAAAUCGCAUCUCAUGAAGUAUCUCAAGAAACAAAGUCCUUAAAGGAUGCGAUAUCGCAAACAGGUGAUAAUUUGACCCCAACAUUGCCUGACAAAUUUGAAGCUACAAGUCCGUUCAAUAUUGCUCUUUGUGGUGUAUACUGUUCAAACAUUGAUACUUCUUGCUUUAUUUUUGCUGCCAAAUUCAAAGGAGUUGUGCAUCGAAAUAAAAACUUAUCCGCAUCUACAUCAAGUGUCAAUGUUUCAAAAAAAUCAAAUUUCCAAACUUCUCCUUCACGUCUAAAUGGUAGAACUCCGUUAUCUAACAUUUCAAAGGUCAUGGAUAUUUCCGAUAACAGUUUUCAAUCACGGUUACCAAACAUCAGAUUGGAUUCAAACGCCAUGGAUAUUUCCAAUAAUAGUUGUCAAUCGCCGUUAACAAAUAUUAGACAAUUCUCUGUAUUUUCAAAUGGCGACACAUCCAACAAAUCAUCUACAAUAACAUCAAAACCGUCUUCAGUCCUGUUAGCUAAUCCAAAUAAUAAAGCAAAGAAAAAAAGGCCAAAUUUAACUCCUAUUCCAAUAUUUGGUUUGAGAUCCGAUCAAGACAAAAUCGAUGGUCAAAAUGAGCAAAACAUAUACAACGGUAUAUCAAAAGAUUAUUUGGAUCAUGGUGAUCAGAUUGUUGUAUGCCAAACAUGUUUUGCAAAAUUAUGGAAAGAAGAAUCUAUCAAAUGUAAAAAAAAAAAUGAGAAUCAAAAUUAUUCUUUAUGUUGUGGUUAUGGCAAAGUUGAACUACCAGCUUUAAAGAAUGCACCUUCAAGUUAUGCCCAUCUUUUUACAUCGGGAGAUUCUAAAAGCAAACACUUCAUGAAGAACAUUCGUUCUUACAAUUCUAUGUUUUCUUUUACGUCAAUGGGUGGAAAAAUUGAUUCCUCAAUCAAUAGAGGAAAUGCUCCGUACAUUUUUAGACUUAGCGGUCAAAAUUAUCAUAGUAUCGGAAGCCUUUUACCGGAACAUGGGUUAAAACCAAAAUUCUCUCAGUUGUACAUAUACGAUACUGAUAAUGAGAUCGCGAAUAGACGGACAUGUUUUGGUAGAGAUAAUCAACGAUCUACGUCAAAUUCUUCUGUCCUUGAUAAUGAUAUUAUACAAGAUUUGAAGUUGAUGUUGGGUUCAAAUAAUGUCUUGGUUCAGUCUUAUAGAAUGGUUAGGGAUUGUUUUCAUCAAAACCCUCAUGUUGAUAUCAAGUUGAGACUUACUGGAAGAAGGGACCAAGAUGGAAGGAUAUACAACCUACCAUCUGCUUCUGAGGUUGCCGCUUUAAUUGUUGGAGAUAUUGGUGAUUCAAUUGAUAAUAGAGAUAUUGUUGUUCAAACGUCAUCAGGUUCUCUACGGCGUAUUAGUGAAUUACAUCCAUCAUACCUUCCUCUUCAGUAUCCACUACUGUUUCCAUAUGGUGAUGAUGGUUAUAGGUUUUUGGUUGAUGCUUAUACUAUGAUUGAAAGUGAGAGAUUACAUUUCAUAAGGAGCAAACAACAAAUUCUUAGAUGUGAGUCUUAUGAAAAGUUACGUAUUCAACAGAACCUAGGGAAUAAAGAUAUAUCCAACGUUGGACAACGUGUAAUCUUACCUUCUUCAUUCACUGGUGGUGCACGUUAUAUGAUGCAAAACUACCUUGAUGCCAUGUCCUUAUGUAAAUGGUUUGGAUAUCCUGAUUUCUUCAUAACCUUUACAUGCAAUCCAAAAUGGCCUGAAGUUAAAAGGUUUCUUCAUAACACUUCACUAAAUCCAGAAGAUAGACCUGAUAUCUUAUGUAGGCUAUUCAAAAUAAAGCUCGAUGCUUUGUUUAAAGACAUACGGGAAAAUAAAAUUUUCGGCAUUGUUAAAGGAGUGGUCUAUACGAUUGAAUUUCAAAAAAGAGGUUUGCCACAUUGUCAUAUUUGUCUGUUUAUGCAUGCUAACUCCAAGCGGCCUACUGUUGAAUAUAUUGAUUCGAUUAUUUCUGUUGAGAUUCCAAAUAUCAAUGAAGAUCCAUAA